AUGGAUGGGGCGUCAUCCUCUGGUCCACGACCGUACAUUCGUCUUACUUCACAGCUGAAAAAUGCCACACGGCCUUCUGGAGGAGAGGUGCGAUUCAGAUGCGAAGCCAUUGGAACACCUCCGCUUUCUUUCACAUGGUUAAAGAACCACGCUCCGAUUGAGAAAUCUCGUCGGGUAAAGGUACGAAAUCGCGAGAACUCAUCCCGUCUGGUGAUAACCGAGUUGGAUGUACUCGACUCCGGUUACUAUCAAUGUAUUGCGUCAAACUCAGCUGCCUCUGUCAACACUACAAGUAUUCUUCGGGUAGGUAUCGUUUUCAUUUCGCUUUAUUUUCUUCAUUCUGGAGGGUUUUGUACUUCACUUUUUCCAUGUACUCUGAGCGUUCUAUUUCACUUACUUCUCUGAAU